AUGGACUCAACUCCGCAUUCGCGAAAUCCUUCGUCGGGAUCGAGCUCCAGCACAGGCUCAUCCUCACCCUACCAGCUUAUCCUCGACCACAUCCUCUCCCCUCCCAAUACCAACGAGAUGCCCCUCCGGACCAUGUAUACUAUCAACAGCACUCCACGAGCUCAAGCACUCCCCCCAACUCGAACAACCACUCCGACCUUCGAUUUGAGCUGCUCGCCUGCUUCUCCCGUUGAUACACAGGCAGUGACCGCCCAGUUCACGGCGUCGCUCAUGGUGCAACUCCAGAAGAUUCCUCAGCAACAGGCAUGCCUCCCACCGACAUUCAUCACGUCUUUCCUCCAUAAAGUCUUCACCCCGGAGAUCCACCUCAUCGACUUCUGCCAGGCAUUGACUGGACUGGACUACCUGAAGGACUUGGAGAUGCGCAGGCGAAAGGAGGUUGCCGGGGCAUUGGAGCGCCUUGGAAUCACCCGACGGACCUUGAGUCAAACAUCCGAGGAAAUUGGCGCUCGAUUCCCAGGCGUAGCGGAGUGGAUUCGUGACCUAGAGGUGAAGGAAUGCAAGAUCGAUCAGCUCUACUCUCGUCUCUACGUCAGCCUUCGUCAAUGGAUCUUGAUCAAUGAGAUGUCUCUCACCCCGUUUAACCUCCACAACUGCCAUGCCAUGCUCAACACUCUUUAUCCACCUGUGGUCAAUACUACACCCAGCACCUCGACGAAACUCACUCCAGAAAUCCUCAUCAAGCAACGCGAAGGCUUUUUCCGGUACAUCAAGGCAGUUGAUAGGAAGGGUCCUAAGGUCCUCGCGACCUUGAUUAUGCAGAAUGCCUCGGAGAGCGAGUCAUCGGGGUGGCCUUCAACGCGCCGCAUUCUGGAAUCCUACCUCUCACUCGCCAACGACGCCAUCCACGAGUGUCAAGAAUCGUCACCUGCUGAGGCGGCUUACCUGCAAUCAUCCGCAACCUCCGAACCAGUCAGGUCACCGAGCAGUCCGACGUUCGACAUGAACACAUCGUCACUUGACACCGCCUCAAUAGGCGAAGGACGAACCAGCCGUCACGGCCGCAAGGUGGACUCUGGUGUCAGCAUGCACAGCGCACACUCUUCCUCAUCACAGUCCGCUCAAUCGCAUUCCUCAUCACAAACCCAUUCUAGACGACCUAGCACUGCCUUUAGCCUGCGUGCCUCUGGUAGCUUUGGCAGCAUCAACCGUACCGACCCGCUACCACCUCCAACGCCCAGCGUCAAAGAAGACUACGCACCAUCAGAAUAUGCACAGUCUUCCCGAUCUCGCGGCUCAACCCUCGAACGCCUCGCUCGAGAAUUCCGCCGCAUGCGCCCCCGUCGACGGGACACGGACGAAAUUUUCGAAACCUACGUCUCCUCCACCCCAUCUCCCUCCACCACUUCUCCAAGCCACACGCCCUUGCCCACCCCGGUGUCGGCAUUCGAGCAGAGCCAACCCCCUCCCUCCAUCCGAUAUUUCCGUCCCAAGUCCCUGCGAAAGAUGCGCAGCCUCACCGCCCUCUCCGACCUCCGCCACUCCAACUUCAGCAGCGCGACUCUCGCAAGGGACGUUCGCGCCACUGAGGCGUUCGACCCCGAGGUGAUGGCCAAGAAGGCGAAGGAAUGGGAGCGCAAGCAAAUGGCCCUCCCACCUCCACCUGCCUUUGGCAUUUGA